GACGAAGUGAAAGGAAGAAGAGUUCAGAAAUCAAAUCCAGAUUUCAUUUCUCUCUCACUGACUCAGCUAAAAAUUAAACAAGAAAACAGAAGAAGAAGAAGAAGAUGCCUGUGACGGCGACGAUGGUAGGAGCAGUACUAGGGUUGGGCACACAGAUGUACUCCAAUGCCCUCCGUAAACUUCCUUAUAUGAGGCAUCCAUGGGAGCAUGUAUUGGGUAUGGGACUUGGAGCUGUAUUUGUAAAUCAGUUGGUCAAAUGGGAUGCUCAGCUUCAAGUUGAUCUUGACAAGAUGCUCGACAAAGCUAAGGCCGCUAAUGAGCGUCGCUACUUUGAUGAAGAUGAGGAUUAGCAGUACUGGUGAUGAGAUGUGGAGGAAGUUUAUUCUGAACUGUGUUCGCCUGUCUUUAAAUUUUUGUAGAAAAGAUUGUGGCUUGUAUGCUCCAAUUUAACUGUUUGUGGUUUGAUAUUUCCAAGUACUCAAAUUUGAAAAAUGGAAUAAAUAAGUAACUUGAUGUUGGAUACACAAAUUUGAAUUCGUCCAGAAUUGCUCAUGAAAUAUCUGUAUCAAUAUAUAUGAAACUCUGAUGAUAUGA